AUGUUGCCGCCGCAAGUCAAGCUCGAAGCAUUCCAGUUCUACGGCUUUGAAUGCCACGGCCUCUUUGCGCAAGAGGACCUCCCGGCCGACACCACUGUGUGGAUCUGGGACACUGUCACGGAGCCGCUUGUCACGUUUACGCGAAAGGAAGUGAUGGACCAUCCUGAGCGCCAAAAGCUCAUCAAUUUUUCCUACAUGGUGAACGACGACUGCUUUGCGUCAACGACCACUCCUGAGGACGACCCGUGCUGGUACUUUAACCAUUCGUGCGACCCCAACUGCUGGUUUGAAGGCGACGGUAAAAUUGUCACGCGCCGUCCCGUCAAAAAGGGAGAACAGCUCUGUUACGAUUACGCAUGUACGGAAACAGAGUCUUCGCUCCAUGUCAACAUGAACUGCCGCUGUGGAGCCGAAAAGUGCCGCGGUCAACUGAAGUUCAGCGAGUGGAGGAGUCGUGGGUUCAUCAAGAAGAACUUAGGGCAUGUGACCGAGUACAUCAUGCGGAAACAUGCUGAAAAUGGAUGGUAUGACACUCGAAUGGAGCUUCGAUACAAAUCAAAAUCGUCCAUGGGUCUCUUCUGCCGCGAGGAAUCGGAUUGCAAAAUUCUAAAAGGCGACAUCGUGCUCAUGUUCUCGGGCAAAAUCGUCCACAAGGACACGCUCCUCGAGAGCGGCGCCAUGACCCCUCGCGACUUUGAGAUGUCGCUCCAAGUACAGCGCGACUUGUGGCAAAUCCCGGCGUGGAAGGAAACUGGGGAUAAAUGCGAAACCAGCGACUACAUCAACCAUUCGUGCGACCCGUCGUGUGGAAUGCUUGACUCCGUGACCGUUGUCGCCAUCCGCGAUCUGUACCCCGGCGAGGAAAUCACGAUAGACUAUUGCAUGGUGAACGACGGGACCAACAGCGACCCCAGCGACAACUUCACGUGCAUGUGUGGCAGCGUCAACUGCCGCACGACCAUCACGACGUUGGAUUGGCAGAUCCCCGAGCUCCAGACUCGCUUGGGGCAAUACUUUGCUCCGUUUGUCAAGCAGUUGUCCAAGGAGGCUGCAUCCGACGAGAGUCAUUCUUCACUGGGAUUCGUGAUGUCGGACGUCAGCAGCAGUUUUAGCAUAACGUUAGUAGGGGUUGUCUGGAUUCAUGGAGCCUCUGUCGGCGAAUGCUUGAGCGCCUUGCCAUUAAUCAAGGAGAUCACCCAAGACAACAAGGAAACGUCGACCACAGAGCCUUGUCAAGUGCUUUUCACCACCACGACACCAAGUGCCCGCGCCUUGCUUACUCAGAGGCUGCAUUCGAACCCGAACGCCCAUUGCAUCUUCGCUCCACUAGACCAUGCCCCAUGCGUUCGCCGCUUCCUCGACACUUGGCGACCAGUCGCGGCCAUUUGGAUCGAAUCCGAGCUGUGGCCAAACUUGAUUGUCGAAACAGGAUCGCGACAGAUUCCCAUGGCCAUUCUAAACGGCCGCAUGUCCUUUCGUUCAUUCCGUCGGUGGGACUCGUGGAUCGGUCGUCGGCUAGUUCGUUCCAUGCUCGACCACUUUCAACUCGUGCUUUGCCAAAGUUCACAAGACGAGUCCAGAUAUCUGCACUUGGGCCAUGCCGGUGCCAAAUACGUUGGCGAUUUGAAGUUUCUUGCUGAAAAGCAUGCCAUCGACGCAACAUCGUUGAUCGAGUUGAAAGAAUCAGUGGAAUCGCGUGCUGUGUGGGUUGCAGGAAGCACCCACGAAGGCGAAGAAGAGGUUGUCCUUCAAACGCACGAGGCCCUCAAGGCCCAACACCGUCGCCUGUUGCUCGUCCUUAUUCCCAGACAUCCCCAUCGAGUCGAAUCGAUUCUCGCCUUGAUCUCCACCCAGCACCCACAGCUCAAAGUCACUUGGCGCUCACAGCACCGCGUGCCUGCUGCAGAUUCGGAUGUGUUUAUCGUGGAUUCGAUGGGAGAGACCCAGCUGUGUUAUGAAGUGGCUCGUGUGGCGUUUAUUGGAGGCUCGUUGGUCCCAGUCGGUGGCCACAACAUCCUCGAACCCCUGCGGUCGGGGUGCCCCGUCCUACAUGGCCCUCACAUGUUCAACUUCACUUCAGUUGUUCAGUCCUUGGCCUCGCCGCAGGUUGUCCUUGUGACGGCGUCAACGCUUGCAACAACUCUGGAUGCCUUUUUAAGCGCUCCUCAACGCACCCUCGUCGCGGUUGCACCACCGACGCUAGAACGAAUUCAACGAGAUAUAUGGACCCGCGUGCAUCGCUUCUUGGACACUGCGCAAGCGUAUAAGAAAGAAGUUUAG